CACUCUCUCUGGCAAAAUGAGGAGCGUGCAGCGACUGUGACGGGGAAGACCUUUGAGAUUUGGCACCGGCGCCAUGAUUUUUGGCUGCUUAUGGGUAUCGUGAUGCAUGGCUACGCCCGGUGGCAGGACAUUCAGAACGAUCCGCGGUACGCCAUCUUGAACGAGCCGUUCAAGGGUGAAGUGAACCGAGGCAAUUUUCUCGAAAUCAAGAACAAGUUCUUAGCGCGGAGGUUCAAGUUGCUGGAGCAGGCCCUGGUCAUCGAAGAGCAGCUCCGGAGAGCGGCCUACCUGAACAUGUCGGAGGACCCCACCCACCCCUCGAUGGCCCUCAACACCCGUUUUGCGGAGGUGGAGUGCCUGGCCGAGAGCCACCAGCACCUCUCCAAGGAGUCGCUGGCCGGGAACAAGCCGGCCAACGCUGUCCUGCACAAAGGUAAAGCCCUCGCGGCUGAGCGACCAG